ACCGUGGGAGAGAGCGGAAGCGAAGACGAGAUGAUAAGGGAUCCUCCGCCGAGGAUUAUGGAGUGUGAAAUGUUUCAAAUGCAGUGAAAUUAGGCACUACAGAAGUCAGUGCCCCCGUCUGCAAGGAAAGGGCGGAGGAAGUGGAGGUACAGUGUCGAUAAGUCGAGAGCUGGAGAAAUCGUUGAGCUCCGUGAGAAGAAUGGUCAGACAACGAUUGGAUCAGCAAAAAGCAGUCGAAGAAGCCAAACGUGAAGCGGAGGAAAAAAGAAAGAAAGUUGAAGAGGAGAAAGCGGCCAAAGAGGAAGAAGCGAAAGCUGCAAUGGCAAGGAAGUUAGAAAAAGAGGAAGAAGAGAAACGACGUCAGUGGGAGAUAAAGAAGCUGCUAGUACAACAACGAGAAGAAUAUGAAGUGAAGUUGGCGAAGUUGGUCGAUUUAAAUCGGAAUAUGAAAGAGAUAACGAUUGGAGCAAGGAAGAAGAAAAGCAGCGAGACGUCAUCAUCAACAUCGGAAGAAGAUGAAGAAGAGGCCGAAGAAGUCACGCCGCUUAAAGACAAGCGGAAGCGCCACGAUUCUACAAGCGUGGUAGAAAGCAGCCCACCAGUGGAAACUCCAAAGAAGUUGGGGAAGCUGGAAGAGGCGGGUACACCGGCCAACCAAAAGCGCAGAGGAAGAGGUAGACCAACUAAGGUUGAUGCACAAGCAGCACGAUUGGCGAAAGGUGAAGAUCCAUGGGAAGGAGUUCCGAUGGGUGACAAGUACGCAACAGAAUCAGUGUACAGGAAGGCGGUAAGGAAGGCUAUUGCUUCCUUUUACCCAGAAACUCUGAACUUGAAGGCGAUAUGUAAGGGAGUGGGGUUAUCCUUUCAUGGAAUAAAUGACGCAGUGGACACUCUGUCCGAACUAAGGGUUACCUACUGCUAUCGGGGUAAGAAAUCGUCGGGCUCGACAUCGAGCAAACCAGGAGAGGAGGAGCAAAUAAGGGGCGAGAUUCAAGAACCCCAAGAAGAACAAGACGAGUAAUUCGGAGAGUUUGACCGUUCUCCGGAGAACACGUGGUUUUUCGCUUAAGCAGCAAAGAUAAUGUUGACGAGAGGAUCUGCAACGCGAAGAAUAUGAUUUAGGGAAUUGACAGUGGAAAGGAUGCAAUGAAGCUCUGUAACAAGC